AUGGAGGACAUAUUUAUGGUGAUUCUUCUUGCGGGCACCGCAGGACUUACAUAUCAAUGGUCAUUUAAUAUACUAUGGUUUAAACUGGGCCCAUUGUUCGAUAUCGUCGCAGCACCAUCAAAGAAGGAUGAAGUAGCACCAAAAUUGGAACUCAAUGAGGAUACAUUCCUGUACAAACUCUACAGUGAUUACUCAUUUUCAUCUCGGAAGAUAAUGAAGGCAAUGAGAGUGCUUUUCUCAGUGGCCAUGGCAACUUAUAUCGUUACAAUUGAAAUUAUCCUUUGGCAAAUCAAGACUGCAGAUGUUCAACAGAGGGCUGAUGCUGUGACCAAAUGGAUUUGGCCUCUGGUUUCGCUACUCUUGUCAGUUUUUCUCAUUUUGCUUCAACCAUGGUUUAUUGUCAUGUCCCUACUUAACAAGUUCUUCGAAGAAAGAUUUGAUAUAGAUAAACUGGUCAUACUCUCAUGUGGAUGCAUUGCUACACUUAUAACGUCACUCAGGUACACAGAAUGGGGCCCAUUUUACCAUACGGAUAGUAUGUUGACAAAAUUGUCAAUAAUAGGAAUAACAAUGAUGGCUACGCUGGCUGGAGUGGCAUCUACAUCCACUUUAUAUUCCACAUUUUUAACCGUGAAGAGGUGCUACUUUCCAACUAACAGUUCACAGAAUUUCAACCUCACUGGUUCCUUACUAUGGACUGCAGAUGAUAAGGUUGCAGAUCAAAUUGAUAUAUACAAGCGAAAUAUCCAGGAAAAUGUCGAGAUAGUGAGUAAAAUCGAUCAAGAGCCUGGUGGUAAACAGUCUGUUAUGCGGGAUCAAUUGAUGGAGAGGAUAGGAUGGUUUCAAGUUGAGAUUGGAAACCUUGAGAGAAUAAUCAACCAACCAGCACAUGUAAGAAAGCUUAGGAAGGCAUUCAGCUUCGUUUUCCUGAUCUAUUGUCUGCACAAGAUUAAAUCUACAUUUACAAGAACUGUGCCCUUCGUUAUAGCGCAUCUAUUCAACAAGGCAGGAGAGGCCCCAGAGUGGGAAACUGAUCCAUUGGCGACAACCGUUGCUGGAAUCCUAGAUUUCGUCUUUUUUCGAUUCACCCAUCAGUACGAACUAGACUCCCUGGCGAAACAAAUUUCCCUACUACUAUCAACUUCCUUAUUUGUCACUUCAUUGUCUACUGUAGCCACUACAAUCUCCUACCUAGUCGCACUACUGCCUAAUCGCUUUCGUGUCUUAGCAAUGUAUGCCAUGCAAGGUUCUAAGGAUUUUAAGAAACUGCCAAUGCAUAAAGAAAGCUCGAUUCACUCAGCUUUUGCGAAGCCCCCCUCUAUCAUAAAGAAUCUCAUGGUUUCUGAACUUGCAGGCGUCUACGUAGUAGCAACGAUCCUGUCUAUUCGAUCGAAUUUACCAUUCGAUGUAUCAGAAAAGGUGAAUGAACUUUUGGGUGAGAGGUUUACAGUCCCAAGCGUUGUCAUAGACUCUUGGUUUGAAAUGGUGUAUGCCAUUUCAUGCAUACUGACCUUCGUAGGGAUAAAGUUUGCGGAAAGAAGGUUCUCAUCAAGAAGUUCAUGGAUAUCAACUGGAAUUAAAGAUAGAGACAAUUAA